CUUUUCAUCAUCAUCUUCUCUCUCACAUACAUGCAUUUGGUAAGAAGGCAGAGGGAGAUGAACUUGAACAACAAUGGUGGUGGUGGGCCAUGUGGGGCAUGUAAGUUCUUGAGAAGAAAAUGUGUGAAAGGAUGUGUGUUUGCACCCUACUUUGAACCAGACGACCGUGGUACAGCAGACUUUGAGGCCGUGCACAGGGUGUUCGGAGCCAAGAACGUCGCCAAGCUCCUCCUUAGGACACCGGCAAACACCCGCUUAUACGCUGUCAUUUCCCUAUGUUAUGAGGCUCUCUCUAGGAUUAAAGAUCCUGUGUAUGGCUGUGUGGCUCAAGUUUUCAACCUCCAGCAACAGGUUGAUUGUUUGCAAGCACAACUAGCAUAUGUUCAAGCACGUCUUUCAAUGUUGAAAGACCGACGUCAAUCACCCACAAACCUUCUUAUGUUGUCUUCUGGUUCUAGCCUCACUUCAGUAGACUUUGGUGGACAAACUUCAUCUUGUUUUUCUAGUGAAGGGAAUGUUUCAUUUGGUGAUCACCCAUUGUUUGAACAAGUUGAUGUUGAGAUUUUAGCUCCAGAUGUCUUCACCAACUAUCCAUCCAGACAGUCGACCCUAAACCCUAAAUCGUAAACCAUAUAUUUUAAGUUCUAAAUCUUAGUUUAGCUUGCAUGUGUAUUAUGAUAUGUAGUAGAAUGAGAGAGUUUUAUAAUCAUUGUACUUGUGAGUGGAUGUUCGAAAUCACUUGCUUUUCAAAAAUA